GGCCGGUCCGGUUUGCUUUAGUGGUUUUCGUUUGCCAGAAAAAAAAAGAGAUGAAAAUUUCCACAUUCUCAAGCAAAUAGUCUGGCAAUUUUCAAAUCCAAAUCCACCGGAGGUUUCUUCAAUUUCAGGAUCGGAAACCUUUCCUUUGGAUCCGACAGAUGGUUUCUGACCCAACCAGAAGAGAAGAGAGAGAGAUAAGUCAUUCAAGAGUGACUGCUUGAAUCUGUAUAAUGGAAUCACCUGGUAGGCUACUGCGGGACACAUCUGUUGUCGUCGUGACAUUGGCUUCUAGUGAAGUAUACAUUAUUGUUAGUUUGUCUUCUAGAGUAGACACCCAGGUGGUCUAUGUUGAUCCUACGACUGGAGCGCUUUGCUACAUGGCAAAGUUAGGUUAUGAUUUAUUUGGUUCCCAACAGGAAGCUUUGGAUUACAUUACUAAUGGUUCCAAAUGGCCAUGUAAAAAUAUAACAUAUGCCAGGGCUUUGUUAGGUUAUGCCGCCCUUGGCAGUUUUGGUAUGUUGCUCGUUGCGACAAAAUUAAGUGCCACCAUUCCAAAUUUACCUGGUGGAGGUUGUGUAUACACUGUGAGUGAGAGCCAAUGGAUCAAAAUUUCACUUCAAAACAGUCAACCCCAAGGGAGAGGAGAAAUUAAAAAUGUUCAAGAGUUGACGGAUCUUGACGUUGAUGGGAAAUAUUAUUUUUGCGAAAAUAGAGAUCUUACGAGGCCUUUUCCGAGCCACAAGUCAAUUCAAGACCCAGAUGAAGAAUUUGUUUGGAACAAAUGGUUCUCAAGCCCCUUCAGAAACAUUGGACUUGAUCGGCAUUGUGCCACUCUACUCCAGGGCUUUGCAGAUUGCCGAAGCUUUGGAAGUUUAGGGCAGCAGGAAGGAAUUGUUGCACUUCUUGCUCGUCGAAGUAGGCUGCAUCCGGGUACCCGCUACUUGGCGAGGGGCAUAAAUUCUUGCUAUGGCACUGGCAAUGAAGUGGAAUGUGAGCAAAUUGUAUGGAUACCUCGAAGACCAGGUCAAAGCAUUCCUUUUAAUACCUAUGUGUGGCGAAGAGGUACCAUUCCUCUCUGGUGGGGGGCAGAAUUGAAAAUUACUGCUGCUGAAGCUGAAAUAUAUGUUUCUGAUCGUGACCCCUAUAAAGGAAGUGCUGAAUAUUUCCAAAGGUUAAGUAACAGAUAUGAUAAAAGAAGCCUAGAUGUAGCUGUAAGUGGAAAUCAGAAAAGAAGUGCUUUGGUUCCCAUUGUUUGUGUUAAUUUGUUGCGCAAUGGAGAAGGAAAAUCAGAAUCAAUACUCGUCCAACAUUUUGAGGAAGCUUUAAAUCAUAUUAGAUCCAUGGGAAAACUUCCUCAGACUCGAGUGCAUUUGAUCAAUUAUGAUUGGCAUGCAAGUGUUAAAUUGAAAGGUGAACAGCAGACAAUUGAGGGACUGUGGUACCUCUUAAAAUCACCCACCGUUUCUAUUGGCAUCUCUGAAGGAGAUUAUCUUCCAACACGCCAGCGGAUUCAACAUUGCAAAGGUGAAAUUAUUUGUACUGAUGACUUUGAUGGUGCUUUCUGUUUACGUUCCCAUCAAAAUGGAGUAAUACGUUUCAAUUGCGCUGAUUCAUUGGAUAGAACGAAUGCUGCGAGCUACUUUGGUUCACUUCAAGUUUUUGUUGAGCAGUGUAGACGGUUGGGUAUAUCACUUGAUAGUGACAUGGCCUAUGGAUAUCAAUCAACUAAUAGUUAUGGUGGUUAUGUUGCUCCAUUACCACCUGGUUGGGAGAAACGGUCUGAUUCUGUGACUGGUAAAACAUACUAUAUUGAUCAUAAUACAAGGACGACCACCUGGAAUCAUCCCUGUCCUGAUAAACCUUGGAAAAGAUUUGAUAUGACAUUUGAGGAGUUUAAGAGGUCAACCAUCUUGUCACCGGUAUCACAACUGGCUGACAUUUUCUUGGUUGCCGGUGAUAUUCAUGCCACAUUGUAUACUGGUUCGAAAGCUAUGCAUAGCCAAAUCCUUAGCAUAUUCAAUGAAGAAGGAGGCAAGUUUAAACAGUUCUCUGCUGCACAGAAUAUGAAAAUCACUCUACAACGAAGAUAUAAAAAUGCAGUGAUUGAUAGCUCUCGUCAGAAGCAAUUUGAGAUUUUUCUUGGACUGAGGCUUUUUAAACAUCUACCCUCUCUUAUGAUGCAGCCUUUACAUGUACCCACUCGUCCAUUUGGUUGCCUUCUGAAGCCCGUUGCAAGUGUGAUUCCACGUUCUGAUGGGGGAGCUGGUCUUCUCAGUUUCAAAACGAAAGAUACUAUUUGGAUUUGUCCACAGGCGGAUGUGGUUGAACUCUUUAUAUAUCUCAGUGAACCAUGCCAUGUUAGCCAGCUUCUUCUUACUGUUUCACAUGGAGCUGAUGAUUCUACUUUCCCAUCAACAGUCGAUGUGAGGACAGGCCGUUUUCUGGAUGGGCUUAAACUUGUUGUCGAGGCAGCGUCUAUUCCUCAAUGUGCAAGUGGGACAAACAUUUUGAUACCUAUACCAGGCCCAAUUAGUGCAGAAGAUACAGCUAUCACAGGUGCUGGUACUCGUUUACAUGCACAAGAUACUUCAAACCUUUCUUCAUUAUAUGACUUUGAGGAACUUGAAGGAGAAUUGGAUUUCCUCACUCGUGUUGUUGCGCUUACUUUUUAUCCUUCCGUGGCUGGUAGCCCAAUGACUCUUGGGGAGAUAGAAGUACUUGGAGUAUGUCUUCCAUGGAGGAACAUAUUAACUGGGGAAGGCUGUGGUUCAAUUUCUUCUCUUGGGCGUGUGGCAGGUCAUGAAAAAGAAGCUAUUGUCUCUGUAUCUGAUACGAAUCCAUUUGGUUUUCCUUUAUCCGAUGAUAAAAUGUCACAUGCCAAAGAAGAUAAAUCUUCCAACUCGUGGAUAGACCUUUUGACUGGAGAAGAAAGAAGUUCAGAUUCCAUUUCAGAACCAAUUGUACAAACUAUUAUACCUGAAGGAAGUGACUUACUUGACUUUUUGGAUGAUGCUGUUGUUCAUCAUCAGAAUGGUGGAAAGGGGGAUAAUGCAAAGGUCAUGUCAUCUCAACAGCCAUCGGAUAGUAGCACUCAACAAUACAUCGAGUGUCUCAAACUACUUUCAGGACCUCGUAUGGAAGAAAAGUUAGAUUUCAUGGAAUCCAUGAAACUUGAGAUUGAACGGCUCCGUUUAAAUCUUUCUGCUGCUCAGAGAGAUAGAGCGUUACUAGCAGUUGGAGUGGAUCCUGCAAGUAUAAAUCCAAAUUUAUUGCUUGAUGAUUCCUAUACAGCAAGAUUAUGCAGGGUCUCGCGAGCACUUGCAUUGCUUGCGCAUACCUCUCUUGAAGACAAAAUCAUUGCUUCCAUCGGUCUUGAAAAGACCAAGGAUGGAAUUAUCGAUUUCUGGAAUAUAUCUGGGAUCGGGGAGAGCUGUUUGGGUGGCAUGUGUGAGGUUCAUGCUGAAGGUGGAUCUCGUCCACAUGCAUCCCCCAUCUCGAAAUCUUCCACAACUCCUGACUCUAUUUUUCAGUGUUCUGAAUGUGAAAGAAAAGUCUGUAAAGUCUGUUGUGCAGGACAAGGCGCUCUCCUACUCUCCAGUUUUAACUCUAGGGAGGUCUCGAACACCAUGAAUAGCCAGGGAGGAUCAAGCCAUGGAAGCUCAGCUGAUGUAUCUUCAAAUCGUUCAGCCACAUUAGAUGGGUUGCUUUGUAAACUAUGCUGCCAUGACAUUGUGCUGGAUGCGUUGAUUCUGGAUUAUGUUCGAGUCUUGCUUAGCCAAAGAAGGGGAUUGCGUGCUGAAGAGGCAGCAAGUAAAGCUCUGGACCAUGUCAUUGGAUUUUCAGCACUUGAUAGUCUUCCGGAAAGAAAUCAGUCUUCUUACAUGGAGAAUUCUGCAAAGGGUUUGCACUUACUUAAUGGAGAGGAAUCAAUAGCCGAGUUUCCCCAUGCAAGCUUUCUGCAUCCAGUGGAAACAGCUGGAGGCUCAGCAUCCUUCUUAUCUUUACUGGCGCCUUUGGCUUUUGGAUCGCACCAUUCGUAUUGGAAAGCUUCGCCAAGUGCUUCAUCUGUUGAUUUUGCUAUUGUUCUAAGCAACCUAUCUGAUGUUUCUGGUGUUGUUCUUCUUGUUAGUCCUUGCGGCUAUUCAGUAUCUGAUGCUCCCAUUGUGCAAAUAUGGGCAAGCAAUAAUAUAAACAAGGAAGAAAGGACAUGUGUUGGAAAAUGGGAUGUGAAUUCCAUCAUUGGAUCUUCUUCUGAACUUUGUGGACCAGAAGAUUCUAGUGACAGGAAAGUACCUAGACAUGUAAGAUUUGUCUUCAAGAAUCCUGUUCGGUGCCGCAUUAUCUGGAUAACUUUACGCCUUCAGAAGAUUGGCUCGAGCUCUAUUAGUAUUGAGAAGGAUUUCAAUCUGUUGUCUCUUGAUGAAAACCCCUUUGCUGAACCCACAAGACGUGCCUCUUUUGGUGGGCCCAUCGAGAGUGAUCCCUGUAUUCAUGCAAAAAGAAUUCUAGUAAUUGGAAGGCCUUUGAGAAGGGACAGUACGGUAUCAUCUGGAGGCUUGGACCAGCCAAGUGUACGAAAUUGGUUGGACAAGCCCCCAUCUCUAAAUAGAUUCAAGGUCCCAGUUGAGGCUGAGAGAUUGAUUGGCAAUGACCUUGUCUUGGAACAAUAUCUUCCCCCUACUUCACCUACUUUAGGUGGCUUUCGUUUCGAUGGAUUUAGUGCAAUAAAGCCACGGAUAACACAUUCACCCGCUUCAGACCUAAAUGUAGGGCACAAGGCCACCAGUUUAUUAGAUGACAGAUUAAUCAACCCUCCUUUGUUAUACAUUCAAGUAUCUGCAUUCCAGGAGCCCCACAAUAUGGUGACAGUUGCAGAAUACCGUCUCCCAGAAGUGAAGGCUGGAACACCUAUGUACUUUGAUUUCCCUAGGCAGAUAAAUACUCGGCGGAUUGCAUUUCGGCUUCUUGGAGAUAUCUCCUCAUUUGCAGAUGAUCCAGCAGAGCAAGAUGAUUCGGAUUACAGGGUUCCGCAAAUCCCUUCAGGUCUAUCUUUGUCAGGUAGGGUUAAGCUUUACUAUUAUGCUGAUCCAUAUGAAUUGGGAAAAUGGGCGAGCCUUUCAGCUGUUUGAUGAACCAGGAGAAUAACGCUAAAUUGUGGAUUUUUUUUUUUUUGGGGGAGGGGGUGAGGUUUUUUUGGUUGUUUGUAAAGUGAGAGCUUCCUAUUUUUUUCGGAGCUUUAAUAGCAAUUGGUAGUUCAAUUCAUCGGUAUUCUACAUUGUUGUAUAGAAAAGGAACUGCGAAGCCCUCAUUUCCUUUUGUUUUUAGGCAUGAGGAACUUUCAUAGAGAAAUGCUAUAUCUUUUUGGUCUACUCGUUCCUUUGAAAGUCCUAUGACCCCUGAAUGGUUGUCUUUUGCCACGUUGUACUAGGUUGUAAAUUAUAAUUUCCCCUCGGGGUUACCGAGAAAAAAAAAAAAGAAGGAAAGGGAACAGAGGUUGUCAUAGGUAGAAGAAAACAUAGGAGCUAUUAUGAAUCUUGUGAGUUGUGAUUCUUGUAAGGUCAAUACGUCAAAUUGAUUGAAAAUUUUCUCUUUUUUAUUUUGCUUUAUUUAUUUAUGAAGAAAAGUGGGGUACUAUGUUAAUGAGAUAACGAGAUGUACUAUGCUAGAUUGUCAAAUUAUUCAAACAC